GCCUGAAUGACUCAGCAAGUGCCUCUUAUAAGAGGCAGACAGAUGAGAGAGAGGAGGGAGUGAGGCUUUAGUCAACGGUGACCAUUUCAUACAGUAACUUUCUUUCCUGCCGACAUGUUCAGGUGGUCCUUGACCACAGGUUUAAUUGUACUUCUUUAUUGGCAAAUGAAACUAGCAUCAUCGCUGCCCAAUGGAGCUCCUGUAUCAGCUUGUGCAGAUUUGAUGCCUCGACACUCAGGGGUCCAGCCACAGCCUUUUCCUGCUCCCUACGCCAUUGAUUUCAAGAGGACCUCGGAUGAAAAUGUGCAGACUUUCACGGUUGUAAUUUCGGGUCCAGAUUAUAAGGGUCUGCUUCUAGAGGCUCUCAUGCCUAAUAGUAACAUUGCUCUGGGGAAGUGGCAGACUCCUCCUCCCAACACCAAAUACUUAAUGUGCUCUGGAAAUGAGCAAGGUGCUAUUACGCACUCGAACACCCAGAUCAAAAAUAACUCAACUACAUAUUCAUGGAUUCCUCCUUCUCCCAUGCCUCCUGCCGUUCACUUCAUGGCUACUGUAGCACAAUCCCGUACUGUAUACUGGCUGAAUGUGAAGUCCAGAGUGAUAACCACAGUCACAUCAAGUCCAGAAAAUACUGGGACAAUCUGCAGUGCCGACAAUUUGAUCAUUAUCUUCAUUGCUCUUUUGCUCAACUUCCUAAGCUACAUUUAAGAAAAUCAGAAGAGUUAUGAAUUUUUCCAGGGAAAAGUGUUGUGAUGAAUUCCCCUUCUGUUACUGACUACUAUAUAGCUUUAUCUUUAAUUUUUUAUUAAUUGCUUAUCUAAUGGUAAAAAAAUAAUUGAGUGUCAUCCUCUACUUCUGUCGCAAAACUAAUCAAUGGAAUUACAAAUAAACUAUUACUUUUAACUCCUAAAAAA